GGCAUGACGUCUGUAGAUAUCUUUCCAGCUUUGUAUGUUUCUGAUGGGGAUACUCUAGUAUCUCUUUUGGAUCAAUUACAAACACCAUGACGACUCCGCACAAUACUUCCUAUCUCAUUGUUGGAGGAGGUGUCUUUGGUGCUAGUACUGCCUACCAUCUUUCAAGGACGUAUCCUGAUUCAUCAAUCAUUCUCGUUGACCGUUCUACUUCAUAUCCUUGCUCCUUGGCCGCCUCAUACGAUUUCAACAAGAUUAUCCGAGCUGACUACGGCAACCCUUUUUACUGUGAACUGGCUUUGAAGGCACGAGAAGCUUGGAAAUCGGAGCAGCUCUAUAAUCCCUUUUACCAUGAAAGUGGCAUGGUAAACAUCGAUGAUACCGGUCUUGGUCAUAGGAUUUUGAAGAAUUAUGAAAUACUUGGUGUUGAUCCUGGAGCUUCCCUCUUGACCCCCGAUGAACUGAAAGCCAGAUACGAUGGACUUUUUGCAGGCACUAAUUAUCGAGGCGUUGAAGAGAUAUAUUUGAAUCCUUCUAGUGGAUGGGCCGAAGCUACUCUGGCUCUCAGAGCCGUCCUCGAAGCGAGUAUUGCCAAUGGAGUCGGGUACCGCCAAGGUGACAUAAAGAGUCUGACUUUUGACGAGAGUGGGUACUGCAGUGGAGUUACGUUUCAGGAUGGCAACUCUUUGAAAGCGGAUAAUAUCAUUCUUUGCACUGGAGCUGGGACAGCAAAGUUGCUCGCGGGAAGUGCACCGGAUCGUGAAGAUCUUCAUGCUGGCAAUAGAAUAACAGCCGCGGCUGUUGUGACUGGCAUAGUGAAACUGACCUCAGCGCAAAGGGAAAGAUUCUCCAAGUCACCUGUUUUUGUCCAUGCUAUUGAUGGAGUUUUAGGUAAAGUGUCAACCAUAAUUUUCAAUUUUCCGCUGAUAUAAAAUUAGGCGAGGUGCUCCCCCCUACCCCUGAAGGACUUCUGAAAUUCUGCGUGGACGUUAGUUCCAAAAACACAUCCUUGGACUCAUCAUCAGGUCAAGAAAUUUCAGCUCCUCCAGAAUCUUCACACCAAGACCAACACGACGUGCCUGAGAGUCUAAAAAGAGAGUGCUAUCGAGUAGUAAGGGGUAUAUUUGGCGAUGAGCUAGCCGGGUCACAAUUUGAUUCAUUCAGAAUAUGUUGGUAAGUUUAGUUACUCAAGCAAAGAAAUUCUGACUUCCAUUUAUUUGUAGGGAUGGUAUCACGCCAAAUCAAGAUUUCAUCAUCUCGAAGCAUCCGCGUUGCCAAAACCUCUAUAUCGCCACUGGAGGUUCUUUUCACGGCUGGAAAUUCUUGCCGAUUAUUGGAAAGUAUGUUGUUGAGAUGCUUGAUGGACAGCUAGACGAGAGCCACCUGGCAAGGUUUGCAUGGAACCGAGAUCAAAGUGGAAGUGCACAUGAAAAGAUUGUGCCCCAAAGAGAGCUAAGGGAUUUGUUGUGAUUGACUUUUCACACAUACGAAAGCUCUCAAUCAGG